GCGCGGCCGCGUGGGGCUGCCGCCCUCCUUCCCGCCGCCCCGCGAGGGGGCCCGGCCCCCGGCCGCCCGCACGCUCCAUCGGCUUUUGCGAAGCGGCGCGGUGGCCGCGGUGCCGGCGGCACGAUGACUGACACCCGGCGCAGGGUGAAGGUUUACACGCUGAACGAGGACCGGCAGUGGGACGACCGAGGCACGGGGCAUGUGUCCUCCUGCUACGUGGAGCGGCUGAAGGGCAUGUCCCUGCUAGUCAGGGCGGAGAGCGAUGGUUCUCUUCUUUUGGAGUCCAAAAUUAACCCGAAUACAGCGUACCAGAAGCAACAGGAUACCUUGAUUGUGUGGUCUGAAGCUGAAAACUAUGAUUUGGCACUUAGCUUUCAAGAAAAAGCAGGCUGUGAUGAAAUAUGGGAAAAAAUAUGUCAGGUUCAAGGCAAAGACCCCUCUGUCGAUAUUACUCAGGACCUUGUGGAUGAGUCUGAGGAAGAACGUUUUGAUGAUAUGUCAUCACCAGGUCUUGAAUUGCCAUCUUGUGAAUUGAGUCGACUAGAAGAAAUUGCGGAACUUGUGGCGUCUUCACUGCCUUCGCCGUUACGCCGUGAGAAACUUGCGCUAGCACUGGAAAAUGAGGGCUAUAUUAAGAAGCUCUUAGAAAUUUUUCAUGUGUGCGAAGACUUGGAGAACAUUGAAGGACUACACCACUUAUAUGAAAUUAUCAAGGGAAUCUUCCUUUUGAACAGAACUGCACUUUUUGAAGUCAUGUUUUCCGAGGAAUGUAUAAUGGACGUAAUUGGAUGCCUAGAAUACGAUCCGUCGUUAUCACAGUCACGGAAACACAGGGAAUUUCUGACUAAAACAGCGAAAUUUAAAGAGGUGAUUCCUAUAUCUGAUCCAGAGUUGAAGCAAAAAAUACAUCAGACGUACAGAGUACAGUAUAUUCAAGAUAUGGUCCUACCCACUCCCUCAGUUUUUGAGGAAAAUAUGCUAUCAACACUUCAUUCUUUCAUCUUUUUUAAUAAAGUGGAAAUAGUUGGUAUGUUACAGGAAGAUGAAAAAUUUCUGACAGACUUGUUUGCACAACUAACAGAUGAAGCCACAGAUGAGGAGAAAAGACAGGAAUUGGUAAAUUUUCUGAAAGAGUUUUGUGCAUUCUCUCAAACACUGCAACCCCAAAACAGAGAUGCAUUUUUCAAAACCUUAUCAAAUAUGGGCAUACUGCCGGCACUAGAAGUCAUACUGGGUAUGGAUGAUGCACAAGUACGAAGUGCAGCCACAGAUAUAUUCUCAUAUUUAGUUGAAUACAACCCAUCCAUGGUACGAGAGUUUGUCAUGCAGGAAGCUCAGCAGAAUGAUGAUGAUAUACUACUCAUUAACCUCAUAAUAGAACACAUGAUUUGUGACACAGAUCCAGAACUUGGAGGUGCAGUGCUACUAAUGGGUUUGCUUCGUACCUUAGUUGAUCCAGAAAAUAUGCUUGCCACUGCCAAUAAAACAGAAAAGACAGAGUUCUUGGGUUUCUUCUACAAGCACUGUAUGCAUGUUCUGACAGCCCCCUUAUUGGCCAAUACUACAGAGGACAAGCCUAGCAAAGAUGAUUUUCAGACAGCCCAACUCUUGGCAUUAAUACUGGAAUUGCUAACUUUUUGCGUAGAACAUCAUACUUACCACAUAAAGAACUACAUCAUCAACAAAGAUAUCCUGCGAAGGGUGCUUGUUCUCAUGGCCUCAAAGCAUGCUUUCUUGGCUUUGUGUGCCCUUCGUUUCAAGAGAAAAAUAAUUGGACUAAAGGAUGAAUUCUACAACCGCUACAUAAUGAAAAGUUUUUUGUUUGAACCUGUGGUCAAAGCAUUUCUGAAUAAUGGUUCCCGCUACAAUUUGAUGAACUCUGCCAUAAUAGAGAUGUUUGAGUUCAUCAGAGUGGAAGAUAUAAAAUCUUUAACGGCACACGUGAUUGAAAAUUAUUGGAAAGCGCUGGAAGAUGUAGAUUAUGUGCAGACAUUCAAAGGACUGAAACUACGAUUUGAGCAGCAAAGGGAAAGACAAGAUAAUCCAAAACUUGAUAGCAUGCGCUCCAUUUUGAGAAACCACAGAUACAGGAGGGAUGCAAGAACCCUGGAGGAUGAGGAGGAAAUGUGGUUUAAUACUGAUGAAGAUGAUAUGGAAGAUGGAGAGGCAGUGGUGCCCCCUUCUGACAAAACUAAAAAUGACGAAGAUAUUAUGGACCCUAUAAGUAAAUUCAUGGAGAGGAAAAAAUUAAAAGAGAGCGAAGAAAAGGAAGUUCUUCUGAAAACCAACCUUUCAGGUCGUCAGAGCCCAAGUUUCAAGCUUUCCUUUUCCAGCGGGACAAAAUCUAACCUUACCAGUCAGUCAUCUGCAAGUAAUCUGCCUGGAUCCCCAGGUUCUCCCGGAUCUCCAGGAUCCCCUGGGUCUCCAGGGUCUGUUUCUAAAAGCACAUCUCAGAUGGCAGCUAUUACAACUAAGGGAGGCCUCGUUGGGCUUGUAGACUAUCCUGAUGAUGAUGAAGAGGAUGAUGAAGAUGAAGAUAAGGAGGAAACUUUACCUUUGUCAAAGAAAGCAAAGCUUGAGUCAUCAUAAUGGCAACUGCUGAAGAACGUUACCAUUUGGGGGAAGGAUAUUUUUUCCAUUAGAAAACAAACCCACAACAAAGCAGCAAUCUUUUGUGAAUUACUGUGUGUAACACAGACCAACCUAUACAAAUGGAUUUCUGCCAAUCAAGUGCCAAUUGAAAGGAGCAGAAGAAGGGGAAAUACUUCGUUUAGGGGAAAGACUUACGCCUUUGAGCUCUCCAGCUUGGACCACGUGUUGCCCUUUUCUCAGGGAAGGAAAUGGAAAACAAAAACAAAAAAGCCAACAGGGCAGGAGUUUUGUUAGUGGAACUCUGGAUUGGCUGGUCAGUUGCUACAAUCAGAAUAUGCUUUCUUGGACCAUACAUGAGACUUCUGAAGAAAAGGCGGUUUUUGCCAUAAUUCUUCGCUAGUUAAGAAUGCCAGCAGUUUCUUUGUAUAAAAGAGACCUGCCUUUGAAAAUCGUACAUUCUGAACAUUUUAGUCAAGCUACAACAGGUUUUAAAAACCUCUGUGGGGGAGGGCCGAAUAGAAAGUUUCCUCUUUUUUUUUUUUUUUUUUUUUUUAAUCUGUUCCCUUUGCCCUUUAAACUGCAGAUUUUUUUUUUUUUUUUUUUUUUUUUUUUUUUUGAGGUGGGGGAUUUGUUUGUCCCUUUCUGAUUAAAGAUUGAGUGGAAUUCUAGAUGUGGUCACUUUUGUGUCAUAAUUUUUUUGACCCCCUGAGUGUAUGCUUAGUUGUUGAGUAUAUAUUUGGGACCAUUAAAAUUUUUUGAUGUAAUAUAAUCUCACUGUUGUGCUGGUACCUGUUUCACCCUGUGUAAUUUUGUUCUGCAUCACAUGUGUUUAGGAUUUUAUGAAAGGUGGUAUAGUUUUUAUUGGAAAAAAAAAAUCCUUAAUCUUAUCACAGUGUGCAUAAAAGCAAUACUAUUUUGUGACUAAAUAUUUUAUAUUAAAUUUUACAUCAGCAACUGUCUUGCAAAAAAAAAUCAGGGAAAAUAGGAUGGAGUAAAAAAAUAGAUAACUAUAAACAUGAAAUUAGUAUUCCAAAGAGACUGAAAUUUCUUAACAGUGAUGGUAGACUAACUCAUCAAAAUGGAAAAUGGAUGAUUUAGGAAUACCAGUUUAAUGACUUAUUUGACUUAACAAAAAUAAAAAAAAAAAGAAGAAUUAAAGCUGAAGGAAAAUGGCAUUAGUGGUUUUUUUUUUUCUUUUUUUCUAGUCUUUUGACUUCCUUUGGAAUAACAGUUUUAGUGAAUCAAAGAUGGUUGCAAAAUAAAUGUUUUACAAGGAUACCAUCUUUUGAAAUUUAUUCUAAUACUCGAUUAAAAUACAGCAAUUAAUCUUUGGAUCUAACUCAGUGACUACAUUUUUUCCCCUUAUUCCAAAAUCUAAAUUAUAUUAAUUAGUAAUUGAAGCUAAGUGUUUGUGCUUAUCGUUUUUACAGAUGGCUUUGAUUGGAUGGCAGUGCUUCCAUAAAUGAGAGCUUAUUCAGUUCCCCAGCAAACAAGAGAACCCUUCUUAUAUAUUUUCAAGCAUUGAUUUACUUCUCAACAAUCAAAGCACCAAUGUUGCAAAAAUCAGGAUGUUACAGGCAUUAAUGUAUCAGGUACCAAUAGAAGUAAGAGAAACUGAAGUCCAAAGCUGGAUAAUAGUUGACAACACUCAAAAUCUCAGGUUAGCAAUUUGUUCUUGUAAAAAGAGUCUGUGCUAACUACAAAUGCCAAACGUUUUCUGCUGAAACAUUAUUAAUGCAUGUUAGUAAUUUCAGAUUUAAAUGAAAGUAUGCAUCAGGGAAAAAUAAUUAGCCAUCUUUUCCUCAGAAGGUUCGUAUUAAAUCACACCCAAAGGUCAAGUUUUUGCAAUGAGUUUGGAAUGUGUCAGGGCAGUUCUCAGCAAAAUAGGUCACUACAAGACAAGUACAAUCUGCUGCAAUAUAAGGGUGCCUAUGAUAUCUUAAUAACCUGUCUGAAGCAUCAUUUUUGCAACUUUGGUGUCAGAGCAGAAAGGGAAAUCUGUAAUUUGCAGGUUUUUCUAAUUAGUCUGAAUUUUAAUCCUUCCCAAUUUGUUAGACUUCACUUGAGCAUUCUGCUCCACAUUUUUGUCCAUCUUCACGUCUCUUCUAGGCCCAGGAAGUCAUUCUUAUGAGUAGUAGUGAUUUUGCUGAUUUUUUUUUUUAAUGUUCCUUCAGUUUUUCAGUGCUUCAUCUCGUGUUGUAUGAUGCCACAUCUCUUAAUAUAUAAGGCACUUUCAUAGUAUGGAUAGGGAUGUUGGAUUUUGGACUUCAGUCACUUCAUUUAGUAGAAGUACUGUCGGUAAAUUAC